AUGCCCAGUAACAACGAUUACUACGGCAACCAGGAUCGUGACCAUCGUGACCGAGGCCGGGGCCGAGAUCGUAACCAAAGCUCCGAUAAUAGGCAAGGUGGUAGCGAUCGCUCUCGUAGCCGCUCAGUUGGUCAUCGAAGUGACCCUUACGAUGGUGGUCGAGGACGAGGCUCGUCUUUACCACAGAGAGGAAGAGACUACGAUCGCCGGAUGAUGGAUACUCACAGACAAGGCCAGCUCCGGCGACACUCUGGUGGAAGCCCCUACGGUCCUCAAGGCAAUGACCCCCCAAGCGGCUCCUCACAAGGCCACCACCACAACCACCGCCGUGAUGUCGAUUUCAACCAUGGUCGAAGAUCGCAACGUGACCGUGAGCCUUACGAAGAGCGAAGAAACUUUAGACGAGAACCACCUCGUGGAGGAAGAUAUAACGGUGGCAGAGGUGGUGGUAGAGGUAGUUGGGGCGGUCGAGGACAAGGUCCAGACCUCUCUGGCAUACAAGCUUGCACCACCAAUAUACUCAAAGCUGAGGUCACUGAAGGUUUCCACUUCUAUGAGUACUCUAUCCACGCAGAGGACUCAAGUGGUGAAAUAGUUGACUCUCCCAGGCGCCGUAGAUUCCUCUUCAAUGUCGGUUUCUGGGAAAAUCUCUUGAAGGAUCUGCCGAAAAAGCAAAAGGAUGAUUUUCGUAAAGUUGUAUUCUUCAACGGUUCGACAUUCUAUUCCGGAAGACCAAUUCCUGGUUUAGAGGAUUCAAGCUUCCCUAAAACUCUGGACUUGGGAGACAGAGGCGAAGGCGACAUCAUGCAGGUCAUCCGUGUCAGGAAACUUUUGGCACCAGCCGAAGUCCAAGUGACAAGGCCUGAACAGAAUCAGAAUAAAGUUAUUUUUGACCGUCGAAUUGCAGAUGGAACAAAGUCGUUCCCAGAUUACAAGGCCACGUUGCAAUUCUGUCAACAGCAUGACAAAACGCCUGCCUAUGUUCCAAGUGAUGGUACACCAGCAACACUUGAAGAGUUUUCUGCCUUUGUCAACAGUGCGCUAAAGAGUGCGCUUGGAGAAAAACUUUCCAGGUGGGGCCGUGAUCUGAUCGAUCCAAACAAGGUGACAAAGCAUGGAAGCGUCGGGGUGUCAGUCUAUGAAGCCUAUCGGUGCGAAUUCGGCGUUUUGAAGAAAUCGGACGACGAGGAAACUACAAAGAUUGUCUCUAAAGAGAUAAAGGUACUAGAAGAGCAGAGGAUUGCUACUGAUCCCAAGGUUGUUCUCAGUGAGAGCAGUGUGCUCAACGGCAAGGCACGAGGAGUGCUGGCACUUACGAUUGAUCUUGGGGCCAAGGUUAUUCGCGAUAAAAGUGUGCUCGACGAAUUGGUUGGAAAUAGAGAUCCACAUUCUUGGAAUCCAAGUGACAAAGAAAAGGAACAAGCCAAGAAGAACUGGAUUGGUCAAACUGUAAUCACCAAGCACGACAAGAGGUGCUACAUGGUUGAGGGUCUCGAUUUCGACAAUAGCGCUGAAAGCUUGGCAAUCGAAAAUCUAGGUAUAAACCACGCCGAAUACUUUCAGCAACGAAAGGGCAGGAGGCUCGUUUUUCCAAAAUUCAAGCCAAUGGUUAGGGUGCUGGGUCGUCGAGACGAGGUGAUUCAUCUCCCAGCAGAGUUGGUCUGUGGGAAUGAACUGGAUACAGAUAUAAAGAGAAAGCUACCCAUGAUUGCCAACUUCCCACCUGAUGUCAGGAAUGAAGCAAUAAAAAUGGUUCGAGGAUUCCUGGUGCCGGGAGGAACGGGUAAACAAGGCAUCCUUCCGGGCUUGGGAAUCCAAAUCACAGGUGAUAGAUUCACUUCCAGAGCUACUGUGCUUCCGCUUCCAAUGGUUGUGGCUGCUGGGGUCCGAAUUCCCGAAGACAAGAAAAAUAUGUGGGCUCCUACAUUGAACAAGUGCAACUACAGGUUUAACCCAAGUGAACCUAAUACCUUGAAAGUCGUGUUGGUCCAUUACGAAGAACUGACAGAAAGAUCUGCGAAGAAAGUUUACUUUCAGAUUCGUCAGACUGUGAACAAGUUGAACGCUUUCUAUCGUUUGAGCGAUGAACCAUAUCUUUUCCCUGCAGGGCAAGGGAGCUUGCAUUCGAAGGCCGUGGAGGAAUGUUUCAGGCAGGGGGCGUCGUCUCUCCCUAAGGAGAACGUGUUUGUCAUUGAUUUUUGCAGACCAGGGGGCUCCACCGACCCUGCAUAUUCAACCAUCAAGUAUAUGCUUACCCGCCAUGGCUACAUUUCUCAAUUUGUCAACUUUAGUAACUGUGCGCAUGAUAACCCUGGUAACGAAAAAGUAGCUAAACGGAGCAGAGACAUAAUUAAUGGAGUAGGAAGGCAGAUUCUCAGCAAGGCUGGUGCUCGACUAUGGUGGGUCCAAAUCCCGCAAGGACUACCAACUCCUUCAGUCUUUGUCGGCGUUGAUGUUUUUCAUGCGCCAAAAGAGUAUGAUCCCGAGCUGAAAAAACGAGUCCGCAAACGAUCUUGUGCUGCGAUCAUUGUCCAAGUUUUUCGCCGAGAUGGAUCAAAUAGACCAACUGUCGAGCUCUAUUCUGAGACUGUGGCCCGUAAAGCUGGAAUAGAGUAUGAUCUUGAAAGUAGCUUGAACGGAGCAGUGAAGACUGCAUUGAAAGAAUUGAAUGUCAAUCCCAUGUCGUGUGUCGUGUGGCGAGAUGGAAUUGGAGAUUCAGCUUUUGAGUCGGAAGCUUCGAAAGAGAUUGAAGGAGUGGAGAAAGCUUUGAGCGAAAUUUCUCUGAACGAAUCCACGAAAACUCCAAUGGCGUAUGUUGUGUGCCAGAAACAGAUCAAAACGAAGCUGUUCGCGGCAGGGGUGAAUGGAGAGCCAGAUGGCAAAUAUGCAGCUCCUCCGGGCACUUUGGUACAAGGAAUUCAAGGUCUACAGCACGACACGUUUUACAUCAAUGGAAGGGCACCCCCACGGAGCACCCCUAGGCCUGUGCGCUAUGUCGUCAUUCGACAAGAUGAGGAACUCCAAGGAGUCUCGCUUCCUGAGUUGACAUGGAACAUGUGCCAUGAUUAUCCAAAUUGGACUGGCCCUAUCAAGGUGCCUAGCGUUUGCAUGAUGGCCCACAAACUCGCCGAGUUGGCUGGAAAUAUGUCAGAUAGCGGAGCAAGCAUGGACAACAAAGGUCUCAAAAACCGAGUUCAUUUCUUGUAG